GCAUAUAUUAUGUUAAUGUUUAUGCGGUCUGACGUCAUCGCAGCGACCGCAUAUAUUAUGUUAAUGUAACGCGAUCUGACGUCAUCGCAGCGACGCAUAAAUUAUGUUAAUGAGAUAUUGGCCAGCGCAGAGCGGUGGGAGCGUGAAUUGCCGCGGCCACAGAUUUAAAGUUUCCCUCGUCUGAAGGGCGCCAAACUUUAGAGAUAAUUAUUAUUGUUAACUAAGAGCGAUUUUGAGGGAAAACCAAACAUGUUCUAUUACCCUGAGGUGUUGAGAAGGCGUGGAAAGUUUGCGACGAUUUGGUUGGCCGCCACCAAAGCAGUGAAGCUGUCGAGGAGGGAAUGGCUGCUUGUGAACGUCAACUUGUCCUGUAACGAUGUCCUGGACCACGUGAUGCUGCGCGUGAAGGAGAAGGGCCAGCUGCGGCGAUUCUCCCUCUACCUGUCGGCUCAGCUCAUGUACGGCCUGGCCUGCGUCUUCUCUCGCCAGAGCGGCUACCUCAUCGACGACGUGCGCUCGUGUCUGGAGAAGCUGCACAGGGCGGCGACGGUGGCUCGCAUCGACAUGGAGGAGACGGAGAGACUGCGGCUGACGCUUCCGGAUGAAUUGUCCAUCAUGGAGGAGACCCUGGGAGCUGCUGACCCCUGGUUCGGGGUCAUGACCUUCCUAACCCGAGCCUCAGAAACUCUCCAUGCAAUCGAGUUUCAAGCAGAUGUGCUGAGUCCCCUGCCUCCAUCUGGCUCUCCUCUAUCACCUGAGCCACCGUUUACGAUGCGAGAUUUAAAGUCUCUGGUGCCAGAGGAGGGCAUGUUUGCAGAGCAAGCGGACCUGCCUGAAAUGUCUCCGCAAGAGAUUCAACACUUGCUGUCUCCCCACCUGCUCUCUCCUCUCGCUCCACACGGAUGGUAGCGGCCACCGUCUGUGGAGGAGGAGGAUGAGGAGGUCUUGCGCAAGGAUGGGACUUAUGAAGAUUCUGGAGUCACUCAACAUCCAUCCAGGAUUUCACUGGAGGCCGACGUGGAAGUCACGAAGAGGCGCACGGUCGACGACAUCCGCGCCGCGCCACUCGCCGCCUCUCCCGACGCCCUGGAGGCCACACUCACUGGAGCUGUCGCCCCAGCCAUGCCGAGCCCCCCCUCCCCUCUACGUAGAAGCGAUGACAGCCUGGACAGCCCCUUCCACCUGCCCCCCCUCAGCCCCGAGGGGGCCGCCCCCCCUCCCCAUCGACGCCGCCGCCGCCACCCACUCUUCAGCGACGACGACACCAGAUGCCGCAGGAACGAGAUGAGGGCACAGGUGGCUGGGCCCCAACGCUCGCUGCAGCCGUUCGUGAGGUAG